AUGUCGAUCUGCGGGUACCACUCCCCGCGCUUCUCCGAGGAUAUUGCUUGGCUCCCGCAAUGGCUUCAACCGUAUGGCACGCCGACGGUUGGCGACCACCGGAAUACCACUACCGCCGUUUCAUCGCCUUCUUGUCAGAAUUGUGCGUUUGUCGGAAGCCCUUGGCAGGAGCGUCAGGAUUGUCAGAAUGCCACUGGUGGUUAUAGUGGGUUCAUCUUGCACUUGUCAGGAGAUGAGGACACGGUUGCAAGUUCACCAGUCAGCAGCAAUGUACUACCUUUCUCUUUAUGUCUGUCUUCAGAAAGUGCUGCACAUCCCUCCCUAGCUGAAGGCAAUGGUAAUCCUCAGAUGCCAAACUCUGGUACAUGCAAAGGUCCAUCCGAGGGCCUUUGUGCAGAUGGUCAAGAACAAGAGGUCAAUGCUGUCUCCCAGAAUCAGUUCGAGGCUAACAAUCCUCAAGCUGAUAUGCUGACAGUGACAGAAGUGGCUUGCAAGGAGAUCGGUAAACAACUUGAUACAAACAGACAUAAAAGACAUGAUGUCUAUGGUGGAAAGGAAGAUGUUCGAAAACUCCGUAAUGCUGAUGUAAAUGAUGCGAUUGAACUAUCUAUUGCUGCAUCUGAGGCCAUGGUUAUUGCAGAGAUGAUACUUGAUUCUGAGUCUGAUAAAUCGGCUGCAGCUGCUAUAGAAGCUGCUCUACAUGUGAAAGAAGUCCGGAAACAAUUUUACUUUGAGGAGCCAGAACAUGCUUGUGGAUCCUCAGAAGAUGGUCUUGAUGAGACUGGUUGGCUUGCAGAAUUGGAUGAGUCUGAAAUACUUGACGUAUACCAAGAUGUUGGUCUGUCUCUUGUCCAUAUUUCUUGUUCAUCUCAAGAUCAGAACACAGGCGAUUUGAAGCAACAAAAUUCUCAUCGUAGUUGUCCCCCAUGUGAUGCAGACACACACAUCUUAUGGGAUUCUUCUUCUGAGAGGCAAAAUAAAAAAUGGAAUAGCCAAAAUGCUGAUAGUGAUGACCAUGUAUCUGAUUCGUUCCCAAAUAAUCAGUCAGCAGGUGUGCUACCAAAUGAACCAACUCCGUGCUCUGAUUCUAUAAAGCAAGCAGCUCUAUGUAAAACAAUUUCAUGCUCAAGAAAUAAGAAAAUUGUCCUCCAGGCGUCAACUCAAAAUAAUGCUGCUUUGCAUGGAACCUUGGUAGCUCUAGCAACAUACCAAAAUGUUCAUAAGGAAGUUGCAGGAGUUGCUGCACAGACGAAUGUUGGUACAAAGAAGCAUGUAAAAGGUUUGUUCGUGGAAGAAAAUAGCUACAUUUCUGAGUCAAUUAGCAUGGAUAAGUGCUGUCCUACUUCUAGAGCAUCAUCCAUGGAAAUUGUCGCCUCUUCAAGGGCAUCUGUUUAUUACAAACCUGAAGGUUUCCUUGAAGAAAAUCAUCGUGCAGAAACUGAAGAGUUGUGUUGCCAAGUAGUAUGUUCGAGCUUGUCACAGGUGGAUCCUUUAUGUUCCGUUGUUCCAUGUAGCAUAUCUUGCGAUGAAGGUCCCAGUAGCCAGGCUCCUGUGUGCAAACAGAGCGAAGGCAAUGAAGGUCCGAGUAGCCAGGCUCCUUUGUGCAAAAAGAGUGAAUGCAAUGAAAGUCCCACUUGUCUGACACCUGAACGUGGACAUAGUAAAGGAGAGGAGAAAGAAUUUAUGCAUACCAAAGAAUUUCCUAUGAUGCAAUACCUGGAUGGGGAUGCUGGUCCAUCUUGUGUGCCUUUAGUUAAGCCAGCAGAUUCUAAUAUUUCAUUCAGGCGAAGAAAAUACAGUUCACUAAGGCCUUUUAGCACAAUAGCAACUAAGUCAAACAUAUUGGGAAGUACUUCAAAUUGUAAUGCUGAUGUUCCAGUUUGUCAGCUGGAGAGAUUCACACCCGCUAUUCUAAAUAAGAAUGUACAGCGUGUGCAAGCUGCUAAGGAAUUCAUAGAAAAUAGUGCCCGAGCUGAAAAUUUGCAAGAUUUCUCUGCAGUUCAGAAGCAGACAUAUCAUCCUCAGGAUGCCAGUGAGGAUCAAAUCAGGGAGCUACAGGUCCCACGGGAUGUCUUUCCAUCAACAGAGAAUUUGGUUGGUAAACAGCACCUUAAAAGAAAAAGGGUCCAGUUUUCAGAAGCAAAGCGUAGUAGCAGAAGAACCAAGAGCAAUAGAAGGAUCCUGACUAAAUCAAGAUUCAGCCGAUCAGAUAGCAGAACAGGAGAGACGCUUGAGGCCAGAGAGUACACUGAUAAUAAAGAAGCCACAUUUCAAGGAAUAGAGUUUCUGUUGACUGGCUUUCCUAAUCAGAAGGAAAAAGAAAUUGAGUCCCUGAUACGAAAAUCUGGUGGCUAUGUAUUUUCUAAAGUGCCACCCUUCCCACUUGAUAAAAGAAAGAACAUGGCUGAGUUUCCAAGAUGGAAGCCUCCCAUAGUACUUUCCCCUAAAAAGGUGUCAACAGCUAAGUUCUUAUAUGGCUGUGCUAUCGAUGCCUGGAUAUUGAAUCCCAAUUGGCUCUUCGAUUCUCUUCAAGCCGGUGUCAUGCUGCCACCUGGAAAGUAUUUAAUUCGACAAAGGAAUGCUUGGAAGCAUAAUUCGUCAUUUGACCGCCCACUUCGCCCAAAAUGUAAUUCAUUGAUAUUUGAUGGAGUAGGAUUCUUGAUCCACGGCAAAAUCAGCUUCUGUUCAAAAUUUUCCAACAUUGUCAAGCAUGGAGGUGGCCAAGUUUUUAUAUCUCUUCAUGGAUUAGUUCAAAGCUUGAAGGAUGGAAGUACAUCGCAUGGAAUCAUUCUUGUUGCAAGCACAGCUAGUGCAUCUCGUCAUCUAAGCUAUUGUGGUUUGGAGCAUGACAUAAAGACAGCGUCAUCCGCAUUGUUCUUCUUGGCCUUUUAUGAAGAAAAAUUCAGCGGUCAUAAUCUGAAAGCCGUUUUCUACACAAUCAUUCGAUACGGCUCCUGCAGAAGGGAGCCCCUCCUGGAGCCACACCAAAUAGGCCUUGAGGGAGCCCUUUUGGAGCUAUACCAGAUAGCCCAUUUAGCUGGUAAUAUACAUUUUGUGCUCCUCAUCAGCAGGCAGGGGAAGGUGAGGCUGACGAAAUGGUACACUCCAUACCCACAGAAGCAGAGAUCCAAGAUCAUCAAAGAGAUAAGUACGCUCGUCCUGACAAGAGGCCCCAAGCUGUGCAAUUUUGUUGACUGGCAAGGUUACAGAGUUGUGUACAAGAGGUAUGCAAGCCUUUACUUCUGCAUGUGCAUUGACCCUGCUGACAAUGAACUGGAAACCCUUCAGAUCAUCCAUCACUAUGUUGAGAUAUUGGAUCGGUACUUUGGCAAUGUCUGUGAGCUUGAUCUGAUAUUCAAUUUUCAUAAGGCAUACUUUAUAUUGGACGAGAUUUUGAUUGCUGGUGAACUUCAGGAAUCAAACAAGAAAUCGGUGCUACGUCUAGUAACUACACAGGUGUCGGCGCUCGCGGCGGCGAGCGGAGCCGGCGCGGGGCAUCAGGCUGCAGGCGAGGCCGGCGGCGGCGUCCUCCCGAUGCUGCCGCCCUUCUUCAUGGGCUCCAUCUGGCCGGCCGCUGGCUCCGAGGAGGACGAGGCAGCGGCGGCGGCGGCGGCGGCGGCCGCGGCCGCCCACGACCGCGCGCUCGCCACGUCGCGCAACCACCGCGAGGCCGAGAAGCGCCGGCGCGAGCGCAUCAAGUCGCACCUCGACCGCCUCCGCAACAUUGACAAGGCGUCGCUGCUGGCGAAGGCGGUGGAGAGGGUGCGGGACCUGAAGCAGCGGGCGGCGGGCGUCGAGGAGGCAGCGCCGGCGCACCUGUUCCCGACGGAGCACGACGAGAUAGUGGUGCUCGCGUCCGGCAGCGGCGCUGUCUUCGAGGCCUCCGUCUGCUGCGACGACCGCUCCGACCUCCUCCCGGACCUCAUCGAGACGCUGCGCGAGCUCCGCCUCCGCACGCUCCGCGCCGAGAUGGCCACACUCGGCGGCCGCGUCCGCAACGUGCUCGUUCUGGCGCGCGACGUCGUCGACGGCGGUGUCGUCGCCGGAGGUGAUGACGGCUACGGCGGCCGCUCGGACUCGGCGGGCGGCGCCACGGUCGACGGGGCCAACGGCGGCGGUGGCGGUGACUUCCUCAAGGAAGCCCUGAGGGCUCUGGUAGAGAGGCCGGGCGCCGCCGGAGACCGGCCCAAGAGGCGACGGGUCUCGGGCAUGAACAUGCAAGCGGCAGCAUAG